AUGGGUCGGACAUUGACGUAUCCAAAGGGCGUCUCUAACACGGUGAAUCGUUAUAAGCAUCGCGCAACAUACGACCUUGGUGCAAUCCACUCCAUCAUCAAUACAUCCCAGGUGCUGAAUGUCUCCUUCAACCCUGGUCCUGAGGACCCAUUUCCCACUAUCCUGCCUAUGAUUGGACAAAUGGGAUCGUUUGAAUACCCUUCGGCGACAAUCGACGAACCACUUGAAUGCUAUCUCCACGGUUAUGUGAGCUCUCGCAUCAUGAACCUAGCCCGCAAGUCCGGUUCCAAAGAACAGGGCCUCCCAAUCUGCAUCUCCACCAGUCGAGUCGAUGGAAUAGUACUCUCUCUCACCCCUAACUCUCACAACUACAACUACCGUUCGGCAACAUUGCAUGGAUACGCAAAGCUGGUCACAUGUGAAGAGGAGAAACUGUGGGCCAUGAAGUUUAUCACCAAUUCUGUUGUCGCGGAUCGUUGGGAUCACUCACGAGUACCCCCCGACCGGGCAGAAAUGUCGUCUACUGUGAUUCUCAAAGUCGACGUGGUCGCUGGCAGUGGCAAGAUCCGGGAUGGUGGAGUAUCCGAUGAGCGCAAGGAUACGCAAAAUGGCGAUGUUACUAAACGCAUCUGGACCGGGGUGAUUCCUGUCUGGGAAAUGUUUGGAGAGCCCAUUCCCAGCGAUGGAAAUAUGGUCACUGAGAUUCCCGAGCAUAUCUCCUCGUUUAUUGCGAAUAGAAAUGCCCAAAAUCAGGCUUAUGCCGAGCGUGCUGUACAUAUUGCGUUACCCCCGGAAGAACAGCAUUGA